AAAUCGGCAGCACACCAAUUUUUCAUCACUUUCCGAAUCUAACCACACAAAAAAGCUGGUCUAUAUCAAUUGUGGAAAUAUUGCUGCGAGACUCGUGAUUCCGCUAGUGUCUGCAGUGUUUCUUUUCAUGUCCUGUAUAUUUCUGGACAUGACACAAUUGUUGCACUAUAGAGGUUUUACAUGUCAAGUGGAGAGCUUGUCCAAUAUGAAAACGAGCUCUGAUGGCUUGGUGUACUUUUAUAAUGCCAAUGUUUCCAUGAUGGGCUAUCCAACUCAAGUGGAAUGGAAUGAAUUUUGUCGAUCAGAUUCGGCCAACAAGGCAGAAACUUGUAAGAAAUAUUAUGGUGGUCAGUUUCCUUGUCGUGGAAAUGUUUUUCAAAUGAUGAGAAAUCAUGAAAAAGUUAAAAAUCAAGAUAUUUCACUCAUGAGCAAUCCAGAAUUUGAGAGUUUUGGGGGACGAAAUUUGCUAAUCUAUUUCUGUAUUACAAUUGGUGCGACUCUUGCUGUGGCCAAGUGUGUGACCAUAUUUAUUGUAAUGUUCAAGAGUUAUAAGGGAAGGGAAAAGGAUGUUUUUCUAUUUUGUGGACAUUUUGAGAAGAGUGUCCAAGGAGAAUCAGUUUUUUCAAAAUGGAAUGGACUGAAAGAUGCCAAAUCCAUAUUUGGUAAUGUUAAUCAAAGAAAUAUUGCAGCAUCCCAAUUAAUUUCAGAUGAGGAAUUGCAAUAUCAUGAAUUUUAUCAAGAGGGUGGAAUUUCUUGGCGUAUGAAAAUAUUUUACAUUCUCAUUGCAAUUAUUCCACUUAUAUUAUUUACAGUAAUUUCCUUUUUAACAAUUGCUUCCAUUUUGAGCGUUGGUGCUGCUUGGCUCUGUUUAGUUAUAUUCAUUGCAUUUUACAAACAUACUUUUAACAAAUUUAGUGUUAAUGUAUUGUUAACAAAUAUGAAAAUUAUGAUUAUGAAGGCAAAUGGUUGGAAAGUUGAAUUAAUCUCAAUUGAACUCUCGUCAAUUUCCAGAGCUUGGAAUGAUUUUGAGGAUGAACAUCACAACGAAAGUCAUUUCCUAACAGCAUCCCAUUCUAAAUUAUGCAUUGAAUUGAAACAUGAAACUAAUCCUCCCUCAACAUUAGUUCUACUCGAAAAAACCAACAAUCCACAAGUGUACAUUGAAGCAAUCAACAAAUAUACUCUUCCUCCAAUAAUUGAAAAUCAAAUCAAUCCAACAUUCAACUAUCAGGAAAGUUCUCAAAAUAUUUCCACUCCAUCAUCAUCCAUGUAUCCUUCUUUCACCGAUUAUGAAAUGAAACCUUAUCAAAACUAAAAAUCCACACCUAUACAAACUAAAUUUACUCCUUUU